GGUUCAUCUUGGACCGUCCCGCGAGCUAAUUUGCCGACUUAGAAAAGUUCUUUGCCAUCUUGCGCAACGAGAAAGGCUACAAGAAGCUCGGCGGUAUCGGAUACUGCUACGGAGGUAAAUUUGCUAUCAAGUACAACGGCACGGGCGACCUGGACGUGAGCUUCGCCGCCCACCCCUCGCUCUGGGCCAUGGACGAGAUCGAGGCGCUGAAGAACCCGAUCGCUUUUAGUCUCACCGAGGUGGACCAUUUGAUUAGCCCCAAGCAGCUGGAGCAGGUAAAGGCGAUUAUGAAGAAGAAGGACGGUACCGUCCCGUGCGAAUUCAAGCAAUACCCCAACACGGUCCACGGCGGCUUAAAUCGUCCCAACCUGGCAGACCCGCAGGUUAAGGCUGGCUUCGAAGGCGCUUUCGCUCAGGCCGUCAGCUUCUGAGUCACUCAACAGCACAUUUGUGGGCCUUGCACGCAAACUAAGAUUGUGCCAUCUUUCAUUUUUCUGCACAGCUUCCGCGCCCACCUUGGUCUUGAGGUUAGCUCAGCCGCUUGAGUUGCUACCCUCCCUGUCGCCACUAUUUUCUCUUGCCCAAGCUUUCACACCGUCGAAUACGCAACUAUCCUUUCAUUUUUCUUUUUAAGGUCCUCGAAAUACAUGUGAUACCCUCU